CAAAUCUAUACCGACUUCUACGCUUAGGUUCUUUCGCUAAGUUGGCUGGCUGGUCAGAUGAGACGCUCGUUCUCUGGUCUGCCGAUGAGUUCCGAAUACCCAAGGAGAUGUUGAGUGAUCCAUAUAUAUGUUAUUUCGGGAUCUGGCUUUUCUCCAAUACCCUUCCCUUUUUUAUACACAUUUUGCUGCAUAUUAAUCCCUGAGUCUUUCAGACAGCGAUCAUGCAGGAAGACUCCACCGCGAGCCGAAGCUUCCAUGAUCCUGUUCACGACUACAUACCAUUAUCCUCCAAAGUCUGCAAGGUGGUAGACACUGUCCAUUUUCAGCGCCUGCGGAGCAUCAAGCAGAACGGUGUGCUCUAUUUCGUUUGGUUAGGCGCUUGCCAUAAUCGAUUCGAACACUCUCUCGGUGUGGCCCACCUUGCUCGUCGUACGGUAGAGCACCUACAAAAGCUGCAGCCAGAACUAGGGAUUACGGACAGAGAUGUAUACUGCAUCGAGCUUGCUGGCUUGUGUCAUGAUCUAGGGCAUGGACCUUGGAGCCAUCUUUGGGAUGGAUCGUUCAUCCCGCUUGCUAUAAAGGAUAAGCGAUGGGCCCAUGAGGAUGCCUCCGAGAUGAUGUUCGAUGACAUGCGCCGGCAGUACAAGGACACGCUGGACAUCUCGGACGAUGAUGCAGAGUACAUCAAAGCUUUAAUCAGAGGUGAACCGAAGAAAUAUAAGAAUACCAAUGGGAAAGAAUACUUGUUCGAGAUUGUGGCGAACAAACGCAAUGGGAUCGAUGUUGACAAAUUUGACUACAUUAUGCGCGAUACAAGAGCCGUAGGCGAGCGUGGCAAUCUUACCAUGUUACGGCUCCUUACAUCCGCUCGAGUCAUCGACAAUCAGAUUUGUUACGACGUCAAAGACGCGAAUCAGCUUUAUGAGCUGUGCUACAUGCGGUUCAGCUUACACAAGCGCAUAUACAACCACAAGACCUCAAAUGCCAUAGAGUACAUGAUCAUUGAUGCUCUGCUGAAGGCAGAGAAACAUCUCAAGAUCGCUGAACGAAUCGAGGAUCCACAGAAGUAUCUUUACCUUACGGACAACAUCAUGGAGUUCAUUGAACAAUCGAGCGAUCCGGAACUGACCGAGUCGCGCCGCAUCUUCAGACGCGUCCGUGAGCGCGAUCUCUAUAAAUGCGUUGACUAUAAAGUCUUCGACUGGGAUCUUCAUGCGACCCUCAAAGCUAGUAUCAAUCCCGCCAAUAUCGUUGCCGAAAUCAAGAAGAUGCCCAUGGAAUCCUUAAUGAGUACACUGCCAGAAGGAGGGGUGGGAUUAAGACUGGAUGCCCGGGAGAUCGACGAGCCGCCGUCAUCUACUGGAAGCGCUGCUUUUAGCACAGCAAAGGAUGGAGACACUAUGGCGGAAGAUACAAACCGUAGAAGUGCAGAGGGGUUAGUAGGUGACGCGCUGCGAAAAGUUGUAGAAGAGAUAAAGCCGGAGAACAUACACGUCACUCUGUCGAAGUUGCACUAUGGAAUGGGGGACAAGAAUCCAUUAGACUUUAUCAGAUUCUACACCAAACAGAGGCCAAACGAAUGUCUACCGUUGAAUGAGGGAGUGGCGUCAGGGCUGACUCCUUCGAAGUUUGGAGAGGUUCUCGUUCGAAUCUACACGACGGAUAUUCACUACUUCGGAAUCACACAAGCAGGCUUCCGUUCCCUAGCGCACAAAGUCCUCGACACAGACACCGCCCCGGUCGGCACUACGACCGCUCCAGCCACCAUUAUUGUUCCAGCUCCAGCUGCGUCCUCUGUACAACUUCCAGUAACACCGCCUACGCAUCCUCGUCCUCUGCCAGGGCCAGGCAGCUCGGGCACUAUGAGCGGCGGAAAUUCUCCCAGUCACUUCCAACCGAACAAGUUCACGACGGUGCCUCCGUCCUGGGGAGCAACUAUGUCACCCUCGAGGAUUGCUGGGAAACGGACGAGAGAGAAAGACGUCGAGACUCUACCAAUGCUCGGAGGUUUGGCGGGCGAACGGCAAGCCAAGAAGGGGAAAACUGAGUCUCAGGUUGAUAUCUCGUAA